AUGACUGGGGAUUUUAACAAAUGCCAUGUUGUUCCCUGUUUAAAUGGAGGGUCGUGUAACAAUCUAUUUAAUGAUUUCACGUGUGACUGUACCGGCAGAUACGAAGGAAGUGUUUGUGAAAAAGACUGUAGACCAGGUCCUGCAGACAUCGUAUUUGUAGUGGAUACAUCGGACAGCUUGAAAAAUGGUAUUAAUAAAAGCAUUGACUUUAUCAAUCAAUUCAUCAGCAAAGUUCCUAUUGGUCCAAAUGAUUUCCAAAUUGGUGUUAUAACCUAUAACUUUAAUUCCACAGUACUAUUUGAUCUCGAUGACUACACAUCGGUUUCUGAUAUGAAUGCUGUUUUAAAGACUGUCAAAGGAGAGGAAGCUGCCACAUACACAGCUAAGGCAUUACAACAAGCUCGUGAGAUGAUAACAAGCUAUUCCAAGGGAUCACGUGGUACAACAAGCUACAUUGUCCUGAUGCAUGACGGUCUGUCAACAGACAGGAAUGAGGCUUUCUACGAAGCACAAAUAAUAAAAUCAAUGGGUAUACGUAUUCUAUCAGUAGGAAUCGGACAGUCGAUUGCAUAUACAGAGAUGUUGACUAUUUCAAAAAGUCCGUUUUAUACUUUUAGUCCAAAUCAUCUAGAGGAUAUGUAUAACCAGAUUCUCAAAGAAACAGUUCAUACUGAUUGUACAGAUUGCAACUUGGAGGAAGAUGCUCAGGUAAUAAUUCUUCUUGAUACAAGCGACAACCAAACGAUAACAAAUUUCAACGAUCGUCUAACAGCCACACGAAAGAUCAUAGACAAAAUGUUAUCAUAUAACCCAAGUGCUAGUAUCGGCAUGUAUUCAUAUUCAGACGAACCGGAAGAGGUGUUUUCUUUAACAUGGUCAGGUGACAAAGAUAAACGUAUCGCAGCAGCGCUACAAAUUGACCUUGACAUCCAUUCAUCAUCAAACCUUAGCCAUGCCUUGCAACAUAUACGAAUAAGUAACUAG